AUGUCUCGGGACCGGUUCCGAAGUCGGGGCGGUGGCGGUGGCGGUUUCCACCGACGCGGAGGGGGAGGCGGCCGCGGCGGCCUCCACGACUUCCGCUCCCCGCCACCCGGCAUGGGCCUCAAUCAGAACCGCGGACCUUUGGGGCCCGGCCCGGGCCAGGGUGGCCCCAAGCCUCCGAUCCCGCCACCGCCUCCGCACCAGCAACAGCAGCAGCCACCGCCGCAACAGCCGCCACCACAGCAGCCGCCGCCGCUUCAGCCGCCGCCGCACCAGCCGCCGCAUCCGCAGCCGCCGCAUCAGCCGCCGCCGCCGCCACAGGACUCAUCUAAGCCUGCCGUCCCUCAGGGACCCGGCCCGGCUCCCGGAGUAGGCAGCGCUCCCCCGGCCUCCGGCUCGGCGCCGCCCGCCACACCCCCCACUUCGGGGCCGGGCCCCGGGCCUAAGCAGGGCCCAGGAGCCGGCGGCCCCAAAGGCGGCAAAAUGCCAGGCGGGCCGAAGCCCGGCGGCGGCCCGGGCCUAAGCACUCCUGGCGGCCACCCCAAGCCGCCGCACCGAGGCGGCGGGGAGCCCCGCGGGGGCCGGCAACACCACCCGCCCUACCACCAGCAGCACCACCAAGGGCCGCCGCCCGGCGGGCCCGGGGGCCGCAGCGAGGAGAAGAUCUCUGACUCCGAGGGGUUUAAAGCCAACUUGUCUCUCUUGAGGAGGCCUGGAGAGAAAACUUACACGCAGCGUUGUCGGUUGUUUGUUGGUAAUCUACCUGCUGAUAUCACGGAGGAUGAAUUCAAAAGAUUAUUUGCUAAAUAUGGAGAACCAGGAGAAGUUUUUAUCAACAAAGGCAAAGGAUUUGGAUUUAUUAAGCUUGAAUCUAGAGCAUUAGCUGAAAUUGCUAAAGCUGAACUUGAUGAUACACCCAUGAGAGGUAGACAGCUUCGGGUUCGAUUUGCCACACAUGCUGCUGCCCUUUCUGUUCGAAAUCUUUCACCUUAUGUUUCCAAUGAACUGUUGGAAGAAGCCUUUAGUCAGUUUGGUCCUAUUGAAAGGGCUGUUGUAAUUGUGGAUGAUCGUGGAAGAUCUACAGGGAAAGGCAUUGUUGAAUUUGCUUCUAAACCAGCAGCAAGAAAAGCAUUUGAAAGAUGCAGUGAAGGUGUUUUCUUACUAACAACAACUCCUCGUCCAGUCAUUGUGGAACCCCUUGAACAGUUAGAUGAUGAAGAUGGUCUUCCUGAAAAACUUGCACAGAAGAAUCCAAUGUAUCAAAAGGAGAGAGAAACCCCUCCUCGUUUUGCCCAGCAUGGCACAUUUGAGUAUGAGUAUUCUCAGAGGUGGAAGUCCCUGGAUGAAAUGGAAAAACAGCAGCGGGAACAAGUUGAAAAAAACAUGAAAGAUGCAAAAGACAAAUUGGAAAGUGAAAUGGAAGAUGCCUAUCAUGAGCAUCAGGCAAAUCUUUUGCGUCAAGAUCUGAUGAGACGCCAGGAAGAAUUAAGACGCAUGGAAGAACUUCACAAUCAAGAAAUGCAGAAACGUAAAGAGAUGCAAUUAAGGCAAGAGGAGGAACGACGUAGGAGGGAAGAAGAGAUGAUGAUUCGUCAACGUGAGAUGGAAGAACAAAUGAGACGCCAAAGAGAGGAAAGUUAUAGCCGGAUGGGCUACAUGGAUCCGAGAGAAAGAGACAUGAGAAUGGGUGGUGGAGGAGCAAUGAACAUGGGAGAUCCCUAUGGUUCAGGAGGCCAGAAAUUUCCACCUCUAGGUGGUGGUGGUGGCAUAGGUUAUGAAGCUAAUCCUGGAGUUCCACCGGCAACAAUGAGUGGUUCCAUGAUGGGAAGCGACAUGCGUACUGAGCGCUUUGGGCAGGGAGGUGCGGGACCUGUGGGUGGACAGGGUCCUAGAGGAAUGGGGCCUGGAACUCCGGCAGGAUAUGGUAGAGGGAGAGAAGAGUAUGAAGGCCCAAACAAAAAACCCCGAUUUUAGAUGUGAUAUCUAGGCUUUCAUUCCAGUUUGUUUUUGUCUUUUCUUGUUUAGAUACCAAUCUUUUAAAUUCUUGCAUUUUAGUAAGAAAGCUACCUUUUUAUGGAUGUUAGCAGUUUAUUGACCUAAUAUUUGUAAAUGGUCUGUUUGGGCAGGUAAAAUUAUGUAAUGCAGUGUUUGAAACAGGGGAAUUUUUUUUUCCUUUUUUUCCUUUUUUUUUUUUUAACUGUAUAAUGUCCCUCAAUUUAUGGCAGUGUACCUUGUGCCACUGAUUUCCAAAGUGUACCAAUUUUUUUUUUUUUUUACUGUGCUUCAAAUAAAUAGAAAAAAUAGUUAAGAUUUUGAUCUUCAACUUUGCCAUUCAUGCUUCUAUGCGCAUUAGGCUAGGUAUUCCACUUGGAAAGCAUAAGAGUGUUUAGGCCUUUGAAUGGCAUAUGCCAUUUCUGGGAAAUGUAUUUGUAGGCUAAGUAUUGCUUUCUACAUUUAAGUUCCCCCUUGUUUUAAAAAGAAGAAAUGCAUAUUGAAGUAGUUUCAUGAUUUGAUUUGUUUGGCAUUAUAGGAAGCAAGCCGGUGCUCAGUAUUUUCAAAUGGCUAUGUAAGCAAAGCUGAACUGUAAAUCUUCAUUCAGGAAUAUGUAUUAAGAUUAUGGAAUGGGUGUAAGACUAUUGGUAGGGGGAGAAAGUGGGUAUGACUUAAAUGGAUCUUUUAUGGCCCUAUGAUCUAUCCUUUCCUUGAAAGUUUCUGAAGAACAAGUGGAAAGAUCAUUUUGUUGCAUUCCUCCAUUCUUGUUUUUUAAAGAACGAGUCCCAAGCCCUACGAACGGCUUGUAUUGAAC